AUGGCCGCACGAAGACCGUGUGGCUGCCAGCAGAACGCUGUCCAGAACGUUUUGAUCUGCAUCUCCCCACAUCCAUUCACACACACAACGACCGUUCACCCGCUCCAACACUUCACUACUACUAUCGACGCAAUGGCCUCUCGCUUUGUCGAAAACCUCGAAGAGGUCCCGAUCAGUCAUCCCCACCUCAACGUCUCACUGGACGACAUCCUCGCAGAAGAGAGCCGCAAGAGGUCCUCUUCUCAGUCAUCCGCUAGCUCAGACCCUCGCCGGUCAGGCAGUAGCUCUACACCAAGCCCUACAUCACCCACUGCCACCGAAAGCAAGCUCAAGCGUGCCUUCACUCUGGGCAGCAAGAAGGGUCGCCGAACCUCAUGA